AUGCCUUCUUCUUCUGAAGUCGCAAAAGCCAAAUAUCAGGCCAUGCUUGAGCAGGCCAAGAUCAAUAAUGCCCAUCGUAAAUAUACAUCGGACGAACCGCAUGGUGACGACUCGCCACCCGUCGACGGGAACCUGCGAGAUAACAAACUCGAUUUCUCGUCGCACAAGUCAUAG